AUGGAAGUUGAAUGGGAACAGAUGGCGGGUUACCUGUGUCUAUCUGCGCUCCUCCUGGCGGCUCUGCCGACCCCCUACGCCAGCCCGCUCUCCUCCGGCUCCUCCCUGCGCUUCAUCGCCCUGGGGGACUGGGGCGGGGUGUCCAAUCCCCCCUUCCACACGGUGCGCGAGGUGGCCACAGCCAAGGAGAUGGGCCGCACGGUGGCAGCGCUGGGCGCCGACUUCAUCCUGUCCCUCGGCGACAACUUCUACUACAACGGGGUGCGGGACGUCAACGACAAGAGGUUCCAGGACACCUUUGAGGCCGUGUUCAAGGCGCAGUCGCUGCGCAAGGUGCCGUGGUACGUGGUGGCCGGGAACCACGAUCACUCGGGGAACGUCUCGGCUCAGAUCGCCUACAGCAAGGUCUCCAAGCGCUGGAACUUCCCCAACUACUACUACAGCCUGAAGUUCAAGGUUCCCAAGAGCAACGCCACGGUGGCCCUCCUCAUGAUCGACACCGUCACCCUGUGCGGGAACUCGGACGACUUCCAGAGCCAGCAGCCCCAGCAGCCCCGGGACGUGGGGCUGGCCCGCAGCCAGCUGGCCUGGCUCCGCAAGCAGAUGGCUGCCUCCCAGGACGACUACCUGCUGGUGGCCGGCCACUACCCGGUGUGGUCGGUGGCCGAGCACGGCCCCACCCAUUGCCUGGUGAAGCACCUGCAGCCGCUGCUGCUCAAGUACAAGGCCACUGCCUACCUGUGCGGCCAUGAUCACAACCUGCAGUACCUGCAGGACAAGGCUGGCGUGGGCUACGUGCUGAGCGGGGCCGGCAACUUCAUGGAGAACUCGCGGAAGCACUAUCACAAGGUGCCCGAGGGCUACCUGCGCUUCUUCUACGCUGAGCCAGCGUCCCUGGGCGGCUUCGCCUACGUGGAGAUCGACGGCAAGGAGAUGAGUGUCACCUACAUUGAGGCCAGCGGCAAGUCCCUCUACAAGACCUCCCUCCCCCGGAGGCGCCGCCUCUGA